UUCUGGGAUAGGAAAGAAAGAGAAGAAGAACAGGACUUCUGGGAUAGGAAAGAAAGAGAAGGAGAGAAGAUGGGGAGGAAAAAGAUCCAGAUAGCACGGAUUAUGGAUGAACGUAACAGACAGGUGACAUUCACCAAGAGGAAGUUUGGCCUGAUGAAGAAGGCGUAUGAGCUGAGUGUUCUGUGUGACUGUGAGAUCGCCCUCAUCAUCUUCAACAGCACCAAUAAAUUGCUCCAGUAUGCCAGCACUGACAUGGACAAGGUCCUGCUCAAAUACACAGAGUACAACGAACCUCACGAGAGCAGGACUAACUCCGACAUUGUGGAAGUGAGUCCCACACACUGUAUUGCAGACUAGUUCACCAACAUGGUUUCACUGGUGGAAAUGUGAUUGAAAAGCAGUAGACA